GCACAUGCGCAGGGCGUUUCUUUGCCGGAAGUGACGAUUUUUAAAAUGGCGUCCUCCACUAGCCGGCUGGCUACAUGCUGUCUGACACCAUUUGUUGUUUCUCGAAUAAACUAUGGUCGUAUACAGGCGGUGUCCGUCCGACGUGUGGCGCUUUGGGUGGCGGCUUCGCCCGCAUAUCGAGGAAGGUUUGCUGCUAAUUUGAGUUUGUGGAGACACAAAAAAACGGUGACAUUGAACAGACUGGCAGUGUCCAAGCGUCCCCAUGUCAUCGCUGACCGAUGUUUCCACUCCAGCAGAAGAUGUUCAGACAAGCAAGACUUCUAUGAGGUGCUGGGACUCACCCGCACAGCCUCACAAAAGGAAAUCAAGAAGGCAUAUUAUCAGUUGGCGAAGAAGUAUCACCCAGACACCAACCCAGAUGACCCUGAGGCCAAAGAAAAGUUUGCCAAGCUGGCUGAAGCCUAUGAUGUGCUGAGUGAUGAGCUGAAGAGGAAGCAGUAUGAUACAUACGGCUCGGCGGGCUUUGACCCAAGCCGUACAAACCAGCAGCAGCAGUACAGAGCUGGCAGCGCCACUUUAGACCCAGAGGAGCUCUUCAGGAAGAUCUUUGGGGAUUUCACAAGCGGCUUCAGAGAUGUCAACAGCAUGUUUGAACAAAGGCCUGAGUUUAUGAUGGAGCUGACGUUUGCUGAAGCGGCCAAAGGUGUCAACAAGCAGCUGUCUGUGAACAUGGAAGACGACUGCCCGAGGUGCGACGGAAAGGGCAACGAACCCGGAACCAAAGUGUCUCACUGUCACUACUGCAACGGCACCGGCACGGAGUCGCUGCACACAGGCCCUUUCAUGAUGCGCAGCACGUGUCGGCGCUGCAGUGGCAAAGGCACCAUCGUAAUCACACCCUGCGUUCUGUGCCGGGGCUCGGGUCAGGCCAAGAAGAGGCAAACUGUUACGGUGCCAGUUCCUGCUGGGGUGGACAACGGGCAGACUGUGCGCAUGUCCGUUGGUAAAAAGGAAAUCCUCAUUACUUUUCGGGUCCAGAGGAGCCCUGUGUUCAGGCGGAAUGGAACCGACAUUCACUCAGACGUGAUGAUCUCUGUGACUCAAGCCAUCCUGGGGGGCACAGCCACCACCCAAGGCCUCUAUGAAACCAUCAGUAUACUAGUUCCGGCUGGCUGCCAAGCGGGUCAGGUGAUCCGGCUGCAGGGGAAAGGCAUUCGGAGGAUGAACAGUUACAGCUACGGUGAUCACUACGCUCACAUCAAGAUCAGAGUGCCCAAGAAGUUGACGCGGAAACAGCACACUCUGAUGCUAAGCUAUGCCGAGGAAGAGACGGAUGUUCCUGGGACGGUUAACGGUGUCAACCGCUCUUCUGAGGGAGACAGUGCAUCAAGCUCCAGCGACAAGACAAGAAGCUCAUCAGAGGGAGAGGACAAGCAGCAGCAUAAAGAGGAGGGGGGCUUCUUGUCUAAAUUAAAAAAAAUGUUUACCUGAAACAAUAACACAGCCAGGCAAACUCAACAUGGCAAAAGAAGAUACUGAAUCCAGGAGCGAAGCAGGCACGUCAAGGCGGUUCUUAAGAUGCGUUUGACGGAUCUCGCCGGGCACACGCCACACGGAGCCACAGUGGAGCCCACCCUCAGUCAGAAGAAGACAAGGACAGCAACACUCAUCACAGUGCCGUGCUUGAACAGCAAAAAGUGGCGGAAGGUUUGUAAUAUUGUAGGUUCAACUUGCAACAAACCUCUUGUAACAUCUAAUCUAUAUAGUUUGCUGUUGUACCAACACUGUAAUAAAUGUUUGU